AUGUAUCUAUUUACCAUAAUAGGAGCACCACAACAGGAGCACACAACAGGAGCACCACAACAGGAGCACUACAACAGAAGCACCACAAAUGGAACACUGCAACAGGAACACUACAACAUGAGCACCACAACAGAAGCACCACAAAUGGAACACUACAACAGAAGCACCACAAAUGGAACACUGCAACAGGAACACCACAGCAUGAGCACCACAACAGAAGCACCACAAAUGGAACACUACGACAGAAGCACCACAAAUGGAACACUACGACAGAAGCACCACAAAUGGAACACUGCUACAGGAGCACCACAACAGGAACACCAUAAUAGGAGCACAGCAGGAACACAAAAACAGGAUCAAGUAACAGUAUCCCCACCCAGGAACUCUGCAAUAAGAACACCACAACAGGACCACCGUAACAGGAACACCACAACAGGAACACUACAACAGGAACACCACAACAGGAUCACCGUAGCAGUAGCACCGUAA